AGAAAUGAAAAAAACUAGGGAAGGAAGUUUUUGGGGCCGUACAAGUGGCCCGGCUAUACUUCUUUCGUAUCAGUUGGCGUGAGCGGUUUAAUGUGCGCGCUCUAAAUCCUUUUUCAAGACCAGUUCAAAUUAUUUGACGAAAAAAUUAUGUUGUUGAGUUGCGUGAAAGACAGCAAGAAGGCACAGGAGGCGACUAAGAAUACGGAACCACCGGUCGAGAUGAUGAGUAAGCUGUUGUCCAAGCCCCCCGCCAAAGUCCCGUUGGACGUGGCGUGGCGGGUGUUUUCCCAGGAAACGAACAAACUGGCGGAUUUCACGUCUACUCAGCUGUUCGCGAACAAAAAAACCGUCCUCGUGAGCCUACCCGGCGCCUUCACGCCGACCUGA